AUGGCACUGCAAUGGAGCAGACUACGACAACCCCGUGCGACUUCGGUCUGCAGCGCCUGUCGCAGGUUCAGCUCAGGCCCGGUCUCGUUCUCCGGACACAGCAAAUGGUCAACGAUCAAACAUGACAAGGCGAAGAAUGACAAGUCAAAGAGCAAGGAGCGCCAGAUGGUGAGCAAGGAGAUCAGCAAUGCGACACAAUUAUGGGGCCCCGAUCCGAAAUACAAUCCUCGCCUCACCCUCGCCUUGACAAAUGCGAAGCGUGCCUCCAUUCCCAAAAUAAUCAUUGAAGCAGCAAUUGCGCGUGGACAGGGACUCAGUGUAACCGGACAAGCACUGGAGUCAUUGACAAUUGAAGCAAUGCUACCCGGAUCAGUGGCAGCAGUAGUCGAAUGCCAGACGGACCAGAAGGCGCGCGUGCUACAAGACAUCCGACACUCGAUCAAAACGUUCGGAGGUACUGUGACACCAACUACAUUCUUGUUUGAGAAGAAAGGCCGAGUUAUCAUGGAGAAGAAGGAAGGCUUGAAUGCGGAUGACUACUUGGAUCAGGCCAUCGAGGCUGGAGCAACGGAUAUUAUCACGGAUGAAGAGGGCCGCCUAGUCGUGUUCACCGAUCCGUCGGAAACUAAGAAAGUCGGAGAGUUGUUCUCGAACCUAUCGGGUCUUACAAUUGAGGUAUUGGAGUUCUUCUGGGAUCCGAAUCAGGAUACCAUGGUCCAGGUACAGGAUGCAGAGCAGGCCGAGAUUACCGGGAACCUUCUUAGUUCCUUGCGUGAUGAACCAAGUGUACAAGAUAUCUAUCUGAACACUUUGGACAAGCUUUAG